CACAAAAUAAACUAAAAAUACCGAGCCUGUUAAAACGAUCCUUUCUUCCUUCUUCUUCUACUUAAUUUCUUUCCCUUUUCAUUGCGGCCGAAAGAAGAACCGCUUCAAAGACUUUCCGCAAUAAGCAUCACUUCAUCGCUUUUCAGGACCCUUUCUUGACUGCUGGCAAGCCAACGUACAUAACACAAACGAAUCUUACUCUAUAAAAUGUCAACGUUGAAACCGAUCAUCAAACUUCCACCGAGAAACACUACUCACAACAACAACAAUAACAACAAUAAUAAUAGUAACAAUAACAGAUUAAACCCUUCUAACAACAAUCGAACAUUAACUGCAGAGUCUACUACUUACUCUACCAGCCCAAAGCAGCAGCAGUUAUCUAUCUCAAAUGAGCUAUUCUUCGAAGAUAUGGAUAACAAAUUAACUGAUUAUGACAUACAGAAUGUCUUACAAGGAUUUAAAAUCUUCCAAAUAAGAAGAGAAGUAGGUGGUGGAUACAUAAGCUUUCUCAGUGCUAGAGUUGCUGAGAGGGUUUACACACUGCUCAAUGGUUAUAUGUUUACAAGUCAAACAGUGCUCAAGUUCAGAUUCUCUUCAAACAACGAUCCUCAACCGGAAGGUGAUAUUUGGGAGAUCAGUAACUUACCAUUGCAUAUAGAUCAUAAUUCUCUGUAUGACAUUUUUCGUCCUUACGGUCCCUUAAGUAUAUGUAAAUUUCUUAUUGAAGAUACCACAGCUACAACUACUGGUCAUGAAGGAAAGGCUUUGGUCCAAUAUUUUUUCAGGGAUGAUUCUGACCGUGCAAGUAUUGAAAUGGUAUGCAAAUUCUAGUAUCUAAUAUUUGUUCAGGUAUAUUUAUUAACAUUUUCAUUGAUUUGCUCAUAUGAUCAAAAGAAUGGUAAAAUGAUUGAUGGAAAUAUA